AUGUUUCCUAGAGGUCCUUAUGAUCUUUUUGUCCAUAAAAAUUAUGAGCACCAUAUUGCAAUUAAUGUGUGGAAUGGACAGAGAUGGCACACAGAGACUAGUUCAUUUCACCUUCCAUUCGGUGAAAUGACUAUUACUCUUGACGACGUUAGGGGUCUUUUGAGCAUCCCAUGUUCUGGAGAGACCAAUAGAGGUGCCUCGUAUAGUUUUGAGUGGUUGAAAGAGGUAUUUUUCAAGAAACUUCAUGAAGGACGAUAUGACUGUGCAGCGAGGGCAUACCUACUUCAUUUGGUAGGGUGUACCAUUCUAGCUGAUAAAAGUUUUACCAUUGUAUCUGCAAAAUAUCUGUUUUUGUUUCAAGACCUUGAUACUUGUGGUAAAUGGGCAUGGGGACCAGCUGCACCUGUUGUGUUAUAUGACUAUCUUAGAGAUAGUACAUUGCCUACUUGGAUUUAUGAACAUUUUCCUGAUAUUUGUAAACGGGAUAUGGAUGAGCUUAUCUCCUCGAUGCCACAGAUGUUUCGUUGGACUGCAAAACAAACAUCUGGGAACAUUGCAUAUUACAGGGCAAAGUUGGAUGCUCUGAGGGAUACUGAUAUUAUCUGGACGCCGAAUUACGACGAGAACUCUAUGACACGAUUCCAGUCUGUGUCAUUGUUUACAGGAUACAUUCAUUGGUGUUCCGUGAUGGUUCCGUAUUUACCAGAGAGGUGCAUACGACAGUUUGGGUAUACUCAACACAUUCCUCCUACACCACCGAUGCUUGUUGUACGUGAUGUUGACGUCGAAUGGAGUAUGUACCGAAACUCUGUGCGAUCACUUCGAGCUAAAUUGCACCUAGCUGCAUAUCCAAAUGCAACAUUAAAUAUAUUAGCCACAUUCUUCGUAUCUCGAUCUCUCAAAGAUGACAAGAUGUGUCUCGCUGCAACGUGA